AUGGCGGGGCUGAGUCAGGGGCAGGGCGGUGCGGGGGAGCCGCCGCUGCUGGUGAAAAUCGUGAUGGCCGGGGAGACCUGCGUGGGGAAGACCUCCAUCGUGCGGAGGUACACGGAGCCCGGCUGGCCGCCCGCCGGGGCUCCCACCUCCUACUUGGCCACGAUCGGCAUUGAUUUUAAAGUAAAGCCAGUAACAUUUAAUGAUACCAAAGUGAAACUUCAAAUAUGGGAUACUGCUGGCCAGGAGCGAUUCCAUACACUGAGUACUAGCUAUUUUCGUGGUGCACAAGGCUUUGUCCUUGUGUACGACAUCACAAACCUGGACAGUUUUCAAAAUAUAACAAGCUGGAUGAAAGACAUACAUGAGAAAGCAGGUGAUGAAGUGGACGUAAUACUGUUGGGCAACAAGUGUGAUAAGGAGUCAGAACGUGUAGUUCCAAAACAGAAAGGAGAAAAGCUUGCUUGGGAACACGGAAUACCCUUUUUUGAAACCAGCGCUAAAGAUAAUGUGAACAUUGAGGAUGCAUUCUCAGUCUUGACGAAGGAAAUACUGGAAAAGAAAUCCUGUGUAUUAUAUGACUUAGAUGUUGUGGCUCUAAAUGAAAGUAAGAAGAGAACCUGCUGUGCAUUCUGAAAUAUUGUUUCUUAUUCCAUUUUCUCUUCAGAAAAUAUUAACUAUUGGAAAGGAACAUACAAGAUUUUAAAAGUGAGCCUGUAAUCCCAAAACACAGUAUUUAGGCAUCCUUUGUAUUACACAUACUUC